AUGGCCAUACCAGCAGCGAUGUCGAAGACCGGAUUUGCAAGACGGUUGCUGAGGAGGAAUCACACGUACACCGAUAUUGAUCCUACCCCACACUCCCCAUCCUCAGCUGGGAAAAUAACACUUGCGCUCCUUGUCCCGCUCUUAAUGAUGUCCCUGAUUAUUGGGCUCUUAUAUCUGCGGCGGCUACGGCGGCAACGACAAGCGGUGGCAAAUGUUCAGGCCAGGCUAGAUGCGGAAGAGACCGGCCAAUGGGGUGUAGACCGGUGCUAUAAAGGCUGGGAUUCACCCCCAGAAACUGGGGAUAUGGAGAAGUGGGGAGGAGGAGAUCUAACAGUGCCGACUGGAGCUAGAUUAGAUUUCAGGUAUCUGGGGAAAGGAUUGGAGAAAGAGGAUGAGGAGAUACGAUGGGUCAUAUUAGAGCGGGAGAGGGCUAGAAUAGAGAAUGAUAUGAGACGGCGAGAACUAGAGAAAACGCUGGAAGCGGAAGGGGCCUAA